AUGUCUGAUAAUCGUCUGGGUUUUAAUCGAACAACACGUCGAAAGCCAGGAGAUCCAAUACCUCCAGUCGAUAACCCAGAACGCAUCCUGUUCCCAUCUCGUGGUGUUCCGGCUCCGAUAUCUUGCACUCCUAUUAGACCUACCUCAGCUCCGCCACUCUUACCCUUGGUCGAAUCUACGGGUUCGACACCUUUGAUAGUACAACAGUGGGAUUCUAUUGUUAGCCCACCGAAUCCUAACGGCUACCCUGUGAUCACGGCGAACUGGCCGCUACCAUCUGACGGUCUUUCCCUGGAUCAACUUUCGGAAGAUUCGCUUGCGGUCGAUAGGCAGGUUAAUCAUCCAGCCUCGAAUUUGCGCCAUCCUCGCCACAGCAUCCCUGGAAACUUCGACCCGCAUUCCUCCUUCAUCAGUUCGGGGGAGGAGACCAUUCUGAAUAUGGCGAAUCGACAGUCUACUUCCCAACCUCCCGAGUUUGAUGUGAGUGCGGAGUUGGCUCGAAUAAAACUUGAUAACGAUGGACUACGUUCAGACAACGCUGGUCUUCGAACAGAGAUUAGCGAAGUUCGUAGCCUCUUGCAGAACUUCUUGCAAAGUCAGAGGCCUCAGGACGAAUCUCGUGAGGGUAAUGUCACUGCCCGAGGGGGAUCUUCUACUCAGCAACCCAGCCCGGGAGUGGGUCAUGAGGCGACCCCACAAAUAUUCACCUCGACACCGGCGGUAGGACGACAGAAUCUUUUCAAUAUUCCGCCUUCCUUGCCUUCGGUCGCUGAUACCCCGGUCUCUGUGGCUCCGGCUCCUGCCGAUUUGUCGAAGUUCCGUGCUACUGACUGGCCCCAAUAUAAGGGCAAAUUUGGCGAUGUUGCCGCCUUUCACAUGUGGCAAUACCAGAUGGAGACCACCUUCCGUGUCAAACAAAUUGAUCGACCGGAAGAUCGGUUUCGUAUACUCCCGAUGGUCCUGGCAAAUGACCCGGCUUCGUCUUGGUGCCGGCGAUCGGAACGCAACUUUGAGGGUAAGACGUGGGAGUCUGUGAUGUUGGAGAUGCAAGGUGUGGUGUUGCCGGUUGGUUGGGAUGAAGCGGCUAAGGAGCGCUUACGUGAAUUAGCCAUGAAGGGGAAUGAGUCGGUAACAGCUUAUUGUGGACGGGCUAGGAUGAUUCAAGAGGAAAUUGGGGUUGAUGACUGUAGUGAUGAGAGUUUGGCUGAGGCGGUAGUGGGAGGGACAUCAGGGACGUUUAAGGCGUGGAUCAAGAUGGAGCGCGUCGUGAAGAACAGCCUGGACCCUCUAACGAAGCGCUUCUCGUUCCCUGUCUUCGAGGAUUGA